UCAAAUUAAAAAAAAGCAGAAGAGUGAGGAAAUAUUGAGCUGGUUGUGCUGGGGCUUGAGUCAGAACGGAAAGAACAGAAACCAACGUGUUUUAAUGAAAUGUAGACUCUGUUCCACCGUAGGUUGUCUCUGGACACUGGAUGUGGAGCAGACUGGGCAUGCCACGAGGAUGAGCUAGAGAGUUCAAGGGCCACGCCGGGUUUGUUAAGCCUGGGAGCUCUGAUACAAACAUGUGCCAGGGUAGCCCUGGGUGUAGCGUGAGAGCUCAGAAAAUGUUAGUAAGUAUUGCUGGCCAAGACCAGGAGGGGGUAGAAUGCCCCAGGAAUGGACAUUUGCACCUGAGAGAGCUGCCCAGUGGGCACCAUGUGCACUCUGAGGUAUCCUUCCUGACCUGUUUAUCCUUGCAUGGCUAACGUGGCCAGUGGCCUCUCAUUAUGGAGUCAGGCGUGGACAGUUUCAUGGGGCCACUCCAUAGAGAGCAAAGGACACGGAUUCUGUGUUCAUCGCUGAGCUUUCAAAGCAGGAACUCUCCCUCCAAAGCAGAAGAGUGUUUUUUCUUCUUCUUUUUUUGUGGUUUCACAGAGAAAAUGAGUGACAACCUCUAGUUGUAGGCGCAGUGAGACGUCAGACACUGGGGAGGGCAUGUGGCCUGGGUUUCUGUCCACCCCUUCCUUCAGCCCUUUUAUUCUGCUCUUAUCCUGCCUUCCAGAAGCUCAGCCUGCAGGGAGACUCUGCUACAAUUUCCCACGUGUGAUCAGAUAGCUGCACAGAAUCCGCUUUCUGAGAGCCAACCAGAAGCAUGCGGUGACAUUGCAUAACCGGCCUCUGCCGCCGCCAAAGCCGGAGAGAGCAGCCGACCAGCUCCGAAACACUCACAUCCCUGACAUGCGAGGGACCGGCAUUAUGGAUGGGGCGUCCAAGACGCUGCUGGCCAGAGCCCUCUAUGACAACCACCCUGACUGCUUGGACGAGCUGGCCUUCUGCAGAGGGGACAUCUUGACCAUUCUGGAGCAGAACGUGCCAGAAAGCGAGGGCUGGUGGAAGUGCCUGCUCCACGGGAAACAAGGCCUGGCCCCUGCCAACCGCUUGCAAGUCCUCCUUGAGACCCCGGCAGACCUGCUCUGCUCCCCAGCCCUGAGGGGCCCAGAAAAAGCCCCAGAAGAGGCCUCCCAGGUGCCUGCCCUGCUCCACCCUCCACCCGCAGGACCCGUAUAUGAGCAGAUGAAGGGCUGGGUGGAGGGCCCGCUGCCACUCUCAGACCAAGUGUACGAAUUUCCUGACCCACCUGCAAGUGCCAGAAUCGUCUGUGAGAAGACUCUAACCUUCCCGAGACAGGCCCUCGUCUCACUUCCCAGACCCACGCGGGCCUCCUUGCCAAUGCUGCCUACACAGGUGUACGACGUGCCAGUCCAGAGCCACAUCCUCCCUGCUGGCAAGGAGCCAGAGAAGCAGCCAUUGUACGACAUACCGUCCAGAGCCCACAAGGCAGGACCGUGCCAACCGGCCAGCCAGGCCUAUGAGCCCCUGGCACCAGUGGUGGCUGUAAAGAACAGUGGCUACCACUCGCUGCCAAGCCCUCAGAAGUCAGAAUGGAUUUAUAACACUCCACUGUCUCCGGGAAAGGCCAGUGUCAGAAGCUCAGCACUGAGGAGCCUGGCGGAAGAGACAGGAUCUCCCGCAGCCCCCAGUCCUGGCUCUACUGGGCCCAGCCCUCCAGGCAACAGAGCCAGGGCCCUGCCUGGCCAGCCGUCCAGCAGCGUGCCCACCAAGAAGAAGCUCAGCCUGCCAGAAGUCACCUCUCACCACGUCAUGGCGCUCAGAGCCACAUUGCCUGCUGAUGAAAGUGUUGUCCGCAAGUUGCCUUCCAGUUUUCAGGGCACCCGAGGGGAGCUGCGGAACACUAAGCCCAACAUUUAUGACAUCCCCAAAGCAACACUGAGUGUCCGUCAGGCUGAGAAAGAGCCAAGGAAGGCUGAGGAGGCUGCGGAACCUUCCCUCAAGGUCGCCUGGUUCUCCAGAUGGCACAGGUCUCCAUCCCCCGAGACGGACACACACUCCAUCUCUAGCUCUGACAGCAGAGCCAGCGUGCUGUCAUCCUGUUCCUCCAUGUCCACUGACUCCUCCUCAGAGGAAUCAGCCAGGGAGCUGACCUUGGACUUGGACUGGGCCAGGGAGACGGUAAUGGCCCUGCAGCACAAGGUCGUGAGCUCUGCAGCGGGCCUGAUGCUGUUCGUGAGCAGGAACUGGAGGUCCAGAGACUACAUGGAGGCCAACAUCAAUGCCAUCCACAGGGCUGCCGACCAUAUGGAGGCAUCUUUGAGAGAAUUCCUGGAUUUCGCCCGAGGCAUCUGCGGGACAGCCUGCAGCCUCACGGACAGCAACCUUCAUGCCAGAAUUCGGGACCAGCUCCACACAAUCUCCAGCUCCUACCAGACCCUGCUAGAAACCAAGGCAAGCCUGGACAGCUGUGGCUGGUCCCUGGAAGUGCUUGUACCAGACCAAGUCCAAAAUAACCCAGACGACCUGGAGAGAUUUGUCAUGGUGGCACGGAUGGUUCCGGAAGACAUCAAAAGGUUUGCCUCCAUGGUCAUUGCCAAUGGGAGGCUCCUUUUUAAGAACUGUCGGAAGGCAGAGGCCUCCCAGUUGAGCCCAAAUGCAGAUUUGAAGUGUAAAGGAUGCAUUGGGCUUCCCCAGGGAGAAAUGCAGUCCUGCCCGCGGAGUACUCCUGGUGAUGAGCCAAGAGAGAGCCAUCACCGCCUGGUGCUGUUGGAAAACAGCACCAGUGCCUGUGGGCAGAGUCCUGGCUCUCUGUGUCCCCACCCUCCGGUCGAGCAGAACCCCCGGAAGAAGCUCCACCUCUCCGAACACUGCCGGCUGUAUUUUGGGGCGCUCUUUAAGGCCCUGAGUGUGUUCCACAGCAGCCUCAGCCACAGCCCCCCACCCGAGACUUUCAUCACGCAGAGCAAGCUCAUCGUCCUGGCGGGGCAGAAGCUGGUGGACGCGCUGUGCAGGGAGACGCAGGAGAAGGACAUGCGCAAUGAGGUGCUGUGCAGCAGCAGCCACCUGUGCGGCCUGCUCAAGGACCUGGCGCUGGCCACCAAGAACGCCGUGCUCAAGUACCCGAGCCCUGCCGCCCUGGGCCAGCUCCGGGCCGAGGCCGAGAGGCUGGAGCAGCACACGCGGCUCUUCAGAGGAACUCUGGAAUGACCCCUUCUUGCACGCCAUUCUGUCCUGGGGAAAUCCCAGCCAGAGCUACAAGAGAUGUGCUGACAGCCAGCACGACCGAGAGGCUGAGCAACCUCAGGACACUGACUCAGCCCAUGGCGGAAUCAGCAAGGAGACUCAAGCAUAAAUAAAGACCUUGUCAACCGAGCACACCGCGUGGGGUAUGCAGGACUGGGGUUUGAGAAGGUCACAGGAUGUGUUUUCCAUACUGAUUUGGGGUGUGUGUGUGAGAGAGAGAAAGAGAGAGAGAGUACCUUUCUUUAAAGCAUAUUUAUUGAACAGUUACUUGGCAUCAAGUCCUGCGCACUGGAGACACAGCAGUGAAUCAGAGGACCAGCCCCUCAUGGAUCCUAAGAUCUAGUAGGGGACAUAAAAGGAGAGAAGCAGAAAGCAUCCUGUGUAAGGGAGGAAAAAGAAGGAGUAGAGGAUGGAGUCUAGUCUCAAUGCAUCAGUGCACAGUGGGUUGUGGGAGGUUAAACCACUGGCCACAAUGCUGACAUCCCUUAGUGGUGUGAGUUGGUGUUACGGCUGCUCCCCUUCCAACGCAGCUGCCUGCUGACGGGCUGGGAAAGGCA